AACAUGCCUUUCAGAAUUUGCUCACCGCAGCUAAUUUUCUAUGUUUACGAUCGUCAUUUCCUUUAACUGACUCUGGUAAAUAAUAAAGGCCAAGAAUUCUGAUUCGCCGCUUUUCUGUUGAUUAACAGAUAGCCUGAAUAGGGGAGGAAAUGGAACCAGGUGGAUUGAACACACAGUGGCUAAGUUUCUCGUAAGAUCGGCAACUUAGCGUUUCAAACACCAAUCACUCAUGAGGAUUAUGAACCUACUCUGAAGCAACGUGUUUCGGAUAGUCAAACUGGAAAAUCUUGUGAGGAUUUUUUGGAAAACAAAACGAGCUCGUAAAUUAAUGAUACGCCGAAGUCAUUGAAAGCUUGAACGAAGCGACCUAAUCGUUUAAAUAAUAUAUGGCAUCCUCGCCUUUAAGAAACUCCAGCACCGAAGUUUCGCUUCCAAAUCGAACCAUGGAGCAUCAAGGAAAUGACAGCAGUGUACGAGGGCAUCAAGGUGAACUCUUCGACCCUCUAACGUACAAAAUUAUGGUCAUCACGUUCUUUUCUGUGAUCUUUGCGUUUGGUUUUCUCGGCAAUGUGUCAGUGCUUGGAACGAUUUUAAAAUUGAAACAAUUAAGAAAUCCUUGUGGCUUUUUAAUUGGCACUAUCGCUUUGGCGGACCUAGGUGUCGCCUUAAUAGCUGCUCCCUUAAGAAUUGCUGAAUUGUACCUUCAGGGAUGGCCAUUCGGAGAUGCACUUUGUAGACUUAUCGUCCCACUUCAAGAUGUGUUGGUGUGCGUUUCGGUGGUGACUCAUUCAACAAUCGCUUGGGAGAGGUAUAGAGCCACUGUAACUCCGUUCAAGCCCCUGCUAUCAGCGACGAAGAUCAAAUUUGUCAUCUUGGGAAUAUGGGUAUCUUGCUACGUCUUCAGCGGACUGCCACUGGUGAUUCCGCUGAAGUUGCAGCACUUUAAGGGAGCUCUGCAUUGCCUUCCAGCUUGGUCCGACCUUUAUCGCAGAAUAUAUGAAAUCUAUCUGGUGCUGGUGUUCAUCGUGGCUCAGCUUCUCAUUCAGAGUUAUGCCUAUGUGAGCGUCAUCCGAACCCUCAGGAAAAAGAGUGAUAUACUUCAGAUAGCCGAAAAAGAUCGGAAAAUCUCAACGGCUUCAGGCGCGUCGAUUCCGUUUAACUCGAGCGCCCCGUGCGCCGCAAUGGUCGCGCGGAUGAAACGGAAGCGAAAGCUGGUGAAAAUGCUUCUGGUUUUGGUGAUAGCUUUUCAGAUUUGUCACCUUCCGCGAGGAGUUACGAUGUUGUAUCGAGAAUUCGCUGAUCCUUCACUAAUUACUCCUACGUUUUAUUACAUCGAUCUUGUAGCUUUGGCGCUAUACUAUCUCAAACACGUUAUAAACCCACUAAUUUUGUUCUCGAUGAGUGGAGACUUUAGAAGUGGAAUCGAAAUAAUUCUCGGCUGUUGUAAAAAGAGAGAGCGAAGUGAAAGUGACACCGAAUCGACAAAACUUGUUACAAGGCGUUUAGAGGACACACCACCACUCGAGAGAGGAGUGAACAUUUUAGAGACAACAGUCUAAAAUCAAACUUUCUCGACGUAGUGUUAGCGACAAAAACAAAAUUAAGAAACAAGAAAAAUUUAAAAUUCUAUUCUAUUCAAAAUUCGAAAUGCGAAUGAAACCAUUCGCGAUGGAAAUUGACCAAUACUCGCUUCCUAGUCUAAAUUAUGGUUUUAUUGACAUGAAAAGUUUUAUUAACUUGAUUUAAAGAAAACUUUAAUUCCUCCAUGGCAUAAUAUAUUAUAACAAACUGUUCAAAGACAAAUGAUUUCUACAAUUUUCAAAGUUAUGUAAGACCAUUAUCAAAAGCCAUAUUUAAUUUCGUUUAUGUAAAGAAGUUUGAAGUCGGACAAGAAGUUUGAGUGAAAAAUUAAUAGCUUGAAGGAAGUGUGUUCCGGUUAAAUUGUGGUGAAUUAAUUAAGUGCUCACCUGUUUGUUGAAAGCCGCUGCAAAGCGGGGGUGGGAAGAUAAUUAGCGGAUAAGACAGAACA